AAAAAACAACACAAACAAUUAAAACAAUCAGAAUUUUUCUCGAAUUCAUGGACCACAAUAAUUACUAUUCUUCUUCUUCUUCUCUAUGAUCUCUGCUUCCUUUUUUCUGGGUAUCUAAAAAAACUCAAUCUUUAUUUCUUUUUGUUAGCGAAAAUGGAGGAUAAUAGCUGUAUCGGGUUUGAGGGAUCGAAAAGAUUUGGUGAGACUAGUAAACGUAUCAUUGGUUUGAUUGACUCAGUGACUGAGUCAACGACUGAUUCAAGUCUUAGCAGCUCAAGUUCUGGUGUUGGAUCGAGCUCCGGGAGGUCUUCUGUAGCUGAGAGAUCUGUUUCAUCACCUCCGACGAAAUCGCAGAUUCUUGGAUGGCCGUUAGGACAAGGUUCAUGGAGGAAGAGUUCUGGUAAAAUGAAGAAGAAAACUCCGACAAAGAUCGAUGAUUUUGGGUUUAAGAGAGUUGGAACAGAGACUUCAGAGAUUGAGUUGUUGAAAGAGAGAAUGGCGAAGUUGUUGCUUGGUGAAGACAUGUCUGGUUCUGGUGAAGGAGUUUGUCCUGCUUUGGCUAUUUCUAAUGCCAUUACCAAUCUCUAUGCUGCAAUAUUGGGACAACAAUGGAGGCUAGAGCCAAUCCCUAGUGAGAAAAAAUUAAUGUGGAGAAGAGAAAUCGAAGUUCUUCUUUCUGUUAGUGAUCACAUUGUUGAAUUGGUACCUUCCUUUCAGAAUUUCCCCAAUGGAAACAAGAUUGAGGUGAUGAACUGCAGACCAAGAUCAGAUCUCUUUACUUGUCUUCCUGCUCUUAGGAAGCUAGACAAUAUGCUUAUUGAAAUAUUAGAUAGUUUUGGAGAAACAGAGUUCUGGUACGUUGAUCAAGGGAUUGUAGCUGCGGAAUCUGCAAGGUCUAACUCUUUCCGUGAAGACGGAGACAAAUGGUGGCUUCCGCUGCCGCGUGUGCCAUCCGAUGGACUUACCGAACAAACUAGGAAGAAACUGGAUCAUACUCGCGAAUUCACCAACCAAAUCUUGAAAGCUUGUAUGUCAAUCAACAGCAUUGCUUUAGCUGAAAUGGAAGUUCCACAAUCAUACCUUGAAGCCCUUCCAAAGAACGGAAGAUCUUGUCUUGGAGAUUUUCUAUAUAGAAACAUCACAUCGGAUAACUUCUCUGCGGAUCACUUGCUAGAAUCAAUAGAUCUUUCAUCUGAGCUUGCGGUUGUAGAAAUGGCGAACCGAGUAGAAGCAUCAAUGUACGUUUGGAGGAGAAGAGCUCACUCGAGGCAUCUGAUAUCUCUGUAUCGAUCCACAAGUACAAGAUGGGGGAUGAUAGUGAAGGAGAUGAUGAUGCAUCAAACCGAUGGUGACAAAAGGGAAAUAUUUGCGGAGAGAGCAGAAAGCUUAUUGAUCCGUCUCAAGCAACGUUUCCCGGGACUUAGACAAACAGCUUUAGACACAAGCAAGAUCCAAUACAACAAGGUUUGAUUCAUUGACUUUUUCACAUCACACACUUAAAACACGAAAGAAUGAAAUCUAAACUGUUCUUGCAGGAUGUAGGAAAGUCUAUACUUGAGAGCUACUCAAGGGUAUUAGAGAGUUUAGCGUAUAGCAUUGGUGUACGCAUAGAGGAAGUGUUGUUCAUGGAUGACAUCAGCAAAGAUGAUGGUGAUGGUGAUGAUGAUUCUUGUUCAGACAAGUUGAGAUUGUUGUCUAAAGAAGCAGCUAGUGGUGGUUCAGGCUCUCUAAGGGAGAAACUUUCUGCUCCAUCGCUGUUCUCUGUGUCAUUCUCAGGCACGUCAACUCCGUACAGAACUCUAUCUUUCUCUGCAUCGACUCCAAGUUAUUCACCAAUGCCGUUGAUAAGCCCCAUCAACGGAGGAAGAGGAGGAGAAAGAGCUCCGUUUCUCUCUGGGAGGAACAUUAGAGAACGUUGCGGGUUUGGUCCAAAGAAAGCAUUGGCCAAUUAUCUCCGGGGUUGAAUGUUAAGUUAAAAAAUUUGGAUUUAGAUUCUUUCUGUCUGUAUCACACAACACGUUCUUUAUGUUGUUGUUGUUGUUGUUGUCCUGUCUCAAGGAGUUAAGAACCAAGCACAAUUCGUUUUUAUAUAAUGUAUUUGUUGAUUGAUCGAUACACAAUCUCAUAUCUUAUUAUUAGAUCAAACAAGAGUCAAAAGACCAUCUUCUUUUAAGAUAAACACCAGGAAUGGUAAAAUGUUAAUAAAAUUAUUAGUGUCUUU